AUGUUUUGUGGUAGCGCUUCAGGUGAGCUGAUGCCCCCGUACGUAGUGUACAAAUCGCAGAAGUUAUGGGAUACAUGGACCGAGAAUGUUCCCAAAGGAUGCCAUUACAGCAACUCUCCUUCAGACGAUCCUGAUGGUAGCUUUUUAGAGCCCAACAGCCCAGAGGAGAGUAAUCAUCCACCUCGACCAGAAACGAGAUUCAAAGAUGUGAGACGUGAGAAAGAGUCAUUUGUGGUAGUAAAAUAUGAUGAGAAACUGUACCCUGGUCUCAUUAUCGACUUCGAUGAGAAAGGAGCAACUGUCGAUGCAAUGACUAAGUCCUUAAAAUCCUGGAAAUGGCCACAGAAAAAAGACAUUAACCUCUAUGAGUGGGAAAAUGUCCUUGGGAGCAUUGACCCUCCAAAAAUUAUCUCUCGGCUAGGUUUUUUGGCGAGGUUCUCUCGGAGAGCUUGCUGUUAUGACUCGUCUGACUCCAGUAGUAGCGAUUCAGAUGACGCAGAACCAAAGAAAAAAUCUCGUAACAGUAACGUUUCGUCUAGUUCAGAUGAUUCAGAUAAGGCGGAACCAAAGAAAAAAUCUCGUAAAACUAACGCAACGUUAGUUCAGAUGAUUCAGAUAACUUUUCUGAUGAGCUGUUUGUGGAAUAAUUCACGUAAAACUAACUCACAAUUUGGUGAUAAAGUCAAUUCCAAAAAAGAUGAGCCUUUGGGAGAUGAAUGA